AUGUUUUCACCAUUGAUACCUGAUCUUAAUUUUUACACCUGGUCAAUUAUAUUAAAUAUGUACAGAAUUGUAACAAAAGAUUAUAUAUCGAAAAAAGAAAAUUAUUCAGUAUUAAAUUUUGAAAUUACUUAUCCAAUACGUGCAUCAUGGACAGUUUAUUCAUUCUAUCAAUUACAUUGGUUAACUGAUUUAACAAAAUCAGGAUUAACAUUUUGGUCGCCUGCCGAUGAAUUAACAAUCAAAGAUUAUCCAUCAUUAUUAUUAUAUCGUUCAAUUUAUUCAAAAUCACUUGUUUAUUAUGAUUUACCAUCACCAAUUGAUAAGUACAUUCAAAAUAAUUUUUACAAUGAUAACAAUAUUAAUAAUUCAUUAGAAUCAUUUCCAUCUAUGAAAGAUUUUUGGCAAACAGAUAAUGUUGAUUAUGUUCUUUUAUCACAAUUUUCAGCACUAUUAUUAAAAUCACACGUAUUUUUACGUACAAAACAAACAUCGUCUAAAUUAACUAAUCAAAGUUGUAAUUGGAUAGGAAAGACUAUUACAAUUUGGAAAAAUGGUAAUAUUGAACUUAUAUAUCAGUACAAUAGUGGUACAUUACAAAUUGAUAAAUCUAAUGUAUUACCAAGUUCUGUUUAUUCAUUUAAACUUAUCGAUAUAAAUUCAUCGAUUCAAAUUGAAAUAUUAUCAGAUAAUCCCUAUAAUUUCAUGCGAAAUGAAACAAUGCCUAUACUCGUAAAAUUGACAGCCUAUUUAGAUACGUCUAAUACACAAUUUUCAUCGUCAUCACUAGUGGAUAAUUCCAAAAAAGCUUAUCAUGCUGCUGUAAUGGGAAGAAAUAUAGAUUCAGGUUUAGCGAUAACAAAAUUGCAUAUUUUUCAACAUGAGGUACCUAUUGAACGCAUGUCUUAA